GAAUGCUCGGCGGAAGGAGACUCGCGUACUUGCAGCUCCAUGCGGAGAGGUGUGGGGGGUCUGAGCAGCGUGGUCUCGCAGCUCCGGGGCAGGCCGGCGUGUCUGCGCUCUCGCGUCUGCGGCCUAGCGGGCCUUCAGUGGCCGAGAGGUUAGGUUUUUUUGCAGUGGCCUGAGGAGCUCGCGGCUAUCUGCGCAGCGCCGUAACCCGGCCUCACCAUGUUGGUCCUGUUUGAAACGUCCGUUGGCUACGCCAUCUUUAAGGUUUUGAAUGAGAAGAAACUUCAAGAGGUUGAUAGUUUAUGGAAAGAAUUUGAAACUCCAGAAAAAGCAAAUAAAAUAGUAAAGCUAAAACAUUUUGAGAAAUUUCAGGAUACAGCGGAAGCAUUAGCAGCAUUCACGGCUCUAAUGGAGGGCAAGAUCAAUAAGCAGCUGAAGAAAGUUCUGAAGAAGAUAGUGAAAGAAGCCCGUGAACCUCUGGCUGUGGCUGACGCUAAGCUAGGAGGGGUGAUAAAGGAAAAACUGAAUCUCAGCUGUAUCCAUAGUCCUGUUGUUAAUGAGCUUAUGAGAGGGAUUCGAUCACAAAUGGAUGGUUUGAUUCCUGGGGUAGAACCACGUGAGAUGGCGGCCAUGUGUCUGGGAUUGGCCCACAGCCUGUCUCGAUACAGAUUGAAAUUCAGUGCUGAUAAAGUAGACACGAUGAUUGUUCAGGCAAUUUCCUUAUUAGAUGACUUGGAUAAAGAACUAAACAACUACAUUAUGCGGUGUAGGGAAUGGUAUGGCUGGCACUUCCCUGAGUUAGGGAAAAUUAUUUCAGAUAAUUUGACAUACUGCAAGUGUUUACAGAAAGUUGGUGACAGGAAGAACUAUGCGUCUGCCAAUCUUUCUGAAUUGCUGUCAGAGGAGGUAGAGGCAGAAGUGAAAGCAGCUGCAGAGAUAUCCAUGGGAACAGAGGUUUCUGAAGAAGAUAUUUGCAACAUUCUACAUCUGUGUACCCAGGUGAUUGAAAUUUCUGAAUAUAGAACCCAGCUAUAUGAAUAUCUGCAAAAUCGAAUGAUGGCCAUCGCCCCUAAUGUUACAGUCAUGGUUGGGGAGUUAGUUGGAGCACGGCUCAUUGCUCAUGCAGGGUCUCUGUUAAAUUUGGCCAAGCAUGCAGCUUCUACAGUUCAGAUUCUUGGCGCAGAAAAAGCACUUUUCAGGGCCCUCAAAUCUAGACGAGACACUCCUAAAUAUGGGCUCAUUUAUCAUGCUUCUCUCGUGGGCCAGUCAAGUCCCAAACACAAAGGAAAGAUUUCUCGAAUGUUGGCAGCCAAAACGGUUUUGGCUAUCCGAUAUGAUGCUUUUGGUGAAGAUUCCAGUUCUGCAAUGGGAGUUGAGAACAGAGCCAAAUUAGAGGCCAGAUUGAGAAUUUUGGAGGACCGAGGGAUAAGAAAAAUAAGUGGAACAGGAAAGGCCUUAGCAAAAGCAGAAAAGUAUGAACACAAAAGUGAAGUGAAGACAUAUGAUCCCUCUGGUGACUCCACACUUCCAACUUGUUCUAAAAAACGCAAAAUAGAAGAGGUAGAUAAAGAGGAUGAAAUUACUGAAAAGAAAGCAAAAAAAGCCAAGAUUAAAAUUAAAGCUGAAGUAGAGGAGGAGGAGGUGGAGGAAGCAGAGGUGGAAGAAGAACAGGAACAGGUAGUCGAAGAGGAGCCAUCAGUAAAGAAGAAAAAGAAGAAGGAUAAAAAGAAACACAUUAAGGAAGAGCCGCUUUCUGACGAAGAGCCAUGCACCAGCACAGCAAUUCCUAGUCCAGAGAAAAAGAAGAAAAAGAAAAAAAAGAAAGAAGCUGAGGAUUAAUGGAAAGAAUCUAUCAUUCUGUCACCUGGAUACAUCAUGCUUAAGAUUAUGAGCAUAUCAGAUGCUCUUUAAAAUAAUCAAGGAAGGUUGAGUCAAUCCAACAGUGAUUAUCUGUGGCGUCUCAAACCUUUUUUGUGUCUUUGACAUCAGCUGUUAACUAACUUUAGUCUUUGAUACACAAAUAAAAAUAUUUUCUUUGUAUUAUAAGGUAGUUCUGUGAUCUCUUUAUAUUUUAGGUAGAGAAUCUUUAGCCUUUUCUAUGUUGGACUUAGCAUUAAUUAGAUUUUGAUUGUUAUUGUUGAAAAGUGAAUUGUCAAUGAUUGAAAAUUAGAAAUUCCAAAAUUGGAUAUAGCUUUUUUUUUUUUUUUUUUUUCUUCUUCUUCGAGACAGGGUUUCUCUGUGUAGCUUUGCGCCUUUCCUGGAACUCACUCGGUAGCCCAGGCUGGCCUUGAACUCACAGAGAUCCGCCUGGCUCUGCCUCUCGAGUGCUGGGAUGAAAGGCGUGCGCCACCACUGCCCGGCCGGAUAUAGCUUUUUUUAAGGUGGUAAUUAGAUGCACCCAUUUAAGAUUUUGUGUGUUUUUCUUGUCUUCUAGAUUCUAAAACCUGCUUCAGAAAGUAAGAGAAUAGUUGUAUUUUAUCAUUCACUACUUUUGAUGUAUGGUUUUUGAGACAAGGUCUCAUGCCUAGACUCUGUGUAGCCAAGGAUGACUAAACUCCUGAGGAGUCUUUUCAUCCCAAGUGCUAGGAUUAUAGACCUGUGUCGCAAUAGGUUUAAUGAGGUGCUGGGGAGCCCAUCUUCAGAUGGCUUCAUUCAUGCUUACCAAGCGGUUUACCAACUGAACUACAUUCCCAGUUUCUAGUUCCCUAUUCUUAAAGGGUGAAAUGGAAUGGUUCUUAAUCUAAACUCUCAUGUUUGUGCUGGGAAUUGAACCCAGAAUCUCACUUGUAAACUGCAGCUUUAAUCGCUGGCUGAGUGUGUGUGUGUGUAUCUGUAUCUGUGUGUCCUGCUGGAGUUCAAGAGUCCAUUGGAUCCCCUGGAGCUACUUAUGGUUGGUGGUUGUAAACCAGUAUGUGACCCAAGAUCCACUGUAAGAGCUGCUUGACUCUGCUGAGCCAGCUCUUUGAAUCCUGCUGAUUUUUAUGCUAAAAUACUUCUGUAAAGUAUAUUGACAAGAUAAUUCAUAACCUCCAUAAAAAAACUUCGGCUCACAGUUUCAAGGGGGUUCUGUCACUUUUAUUGGCCAUUGUUUUUUUUUGUUUUUGUUUUUGUUUGUUUCUUCGCAGAUAGGAUCUCACUAUGUAGCUCUGGCUGGCCUUGAACUCAUAGAGAUCCACCUGCCUCUACCUCUGGAGUGCUGGGUUCUAAGUGUAUGCUGCCACCACCUGCCCUGUUUUCAAGUUUAAGGAUUGACAUCAUAACUACCUAGCACACUAAAUGUUUAAAUAUCAUAUUUGAAUUUGUUUCUUUGAUUAGGCUUAACUGAGCUGUGUAAUUUUUUAGUUUCAUAUUAGGUCAACUGUUGUGCCUCAGGCUAGCCUAGAGUGUUGAGGUGUGCUAGCACACCUGCCUAUAAAAUCUACUAGAUCUGACUGUUGGCUGAGGAUACGCUCAGUAGGUAGAGUAUUGUCUAGUAUGCAUGAAGCCAUAAUACCACUACCAACAGGAAAUUCUCCAUUUACCCCUUCAAGUCUUAAUGUAAAUUUGUGCUUUGGAAUAAACUGUAUCUGCCCCUUGC